GGGGGCGCUGUGGGACAGGAAGUCUCCUCACAGGUCAAGCUGUUGUACUUCCUGUUCGGCGGUAAAGCGUGUGCUGCUUUGCGAAGUACAAACGAUUUUGUGACGAAAAGAUACCAAAUCUAUUAAUUCCCAGACAGCGUUAAGUAAAGCAAACAUGAGUUUACCUCUGAACCCAAAACCAUUCCUAAACGGCCUAACAGGCAAGCCAGUGAUGGUGAAACUGAAGUGGGGAAUGGAGUAUAAGGGCUACCUGGUGUCUGUGGAUGGGUACAUGAAUAUGCAGCUGGCAAACACAGAAGAGUAUGUGGAUGGAGCGUUGGCAGGUCAUCUUGGUGAAGUGCUUAUCAGGUGCAAUAAUGUUUUGUACAUCAGAGGUGUAGAAGAAGAGGAGGAGGACGGAGAGAUGAGGGAGUGAUGUCGGCCCUGCUGUGUGAUUGAACCUCGUAGUUGAGUUGAUGUGUGUUUGUGUUUUCACCAUGUGAAACAAGUGAACGCCUGCGGUUUUUGGUUAUUUUUUUCAAGCUGUUUUGAAAAAUCAUUUUUCUUCUUUUUUUUUUUUUUACUGUAUGUGAGGCCAAUUUUAUGUUGUGACUUUGUGAUACAGACACAAUAAAAUGAUUAUUGUACCCUU